AUGAGUCCUAACACCACCAUUGUCAUUGGCGCGAGCAGAGGGAUUGGCCUGGAGCUGGCAAAAUAUCUCGCUCAGAAUCCUGAAGACCGCGUCAUCGCGACCAUGCGCAAGCCCUUCGACCUGGGGGCAGCCAACGUUGAUGUCCUCGAGCUCGACCAGACCAACCAGAACUCUGUCGAUGCUGCAGCUGCGCACGUCAAUGCAGCAGACACACUGAUCGUCAAUGGUGCCAUCGGCGAAGAUGAGCUCCUCACCAAGAUCAGUUCGGACAGACUGCUUCACUACCUCGACACCAAUGUCGUCGGUCCUCACAGAGUCAUCAAUGCAUUUCUCCCGGCACUGAGAGCUCGCAAGACCCGGAAGAUCAUUUACAUCUCGUCCACCGCGGCUUCGCUCGCCGGGCAAGUCGGCGAGAAAUGGGGACUUCGCGGGCCUUAUGCAACCUCCAAAGCCGCCGGUAACAUGUUGGCUGUUCAGUUCCACAAUGAGCUCCACGAGGAUGGAUUUACUGUGGUGGCGGUUCAUCCCGGCUGGGUCGACACCGAUAUGGGUCGGGUUGGCGGCGACGGUGCCAUGGCACCGAUUGAAUCAGUCCAGAAGAUCAUGAAGAUAGUCGAUGGACUUACGAGUGCUGAUGGAGCCAAGUUCUUCAAUAUUGACGGUACAAUUCUGCCUUGGUAA